AUGACCCGACAUGCUAGAAAUUGUACUGCUGGUGCGGUUUAUACGUACCACGAAAAGCAAAAGGAUGCAGCAAAUUCCGGGUUCGGAACUACAUCACGUCGUAUCGGCAAGGAUUCGGUAAAGAGCUUUGAUUGCUGUUCUCUGACUUUACAACCGUGUCGGAAUCCUGUUAUAACUAAGGAAGGUUACCUGUUUGAUAAGGAAGCGAUCCUGACGUACAUAAUAUCGAAGAAAAAUGAAUACAGUCGCAAGAUGAAGGAGUACGAAAAGCAAGUAAAGCAAGACGAGGAAGAACAGACGGCAAAGGACAACGCUGAAGCGCAAAAGAAGCUGGAUAAGUUCAUUUCUACGGAGAAAAAUAUCGUAAGCAGCAAGGCGAUCACAUUAAACGCAGACCAGCCAAGCACUAGUGGUGCCAUCUCAAACGUUUCCCUCGGUAAGCGAAAGGAAUUGCCUAGUUUCUGGGUUCCAUCACAAACACCGGCUGCUAAAAUGUCCCGAAUUGAGAAACCGGACAGUAAGGUCUACUGCCCCGUCUCUAACAAGCCGCUGAAGGCGAAGGAUCUGAUAGAGGUGAAGUUUACACUCGUGAAGGAUCCCGCCGAUAAGAAAUCGCUGAUCGCCAAGGAAAACCGCUACAUGUGCGCGGUGACGCACGAUAUCCUCAAUAACUCCGUACCAUGUGCCGUACUGAAAACGACCGGGGACGUCGUUACGAUAGAGUGCAUUGAAAAGCUCAUCAAAAAAGACAUGAUACAUCCUUUGACGAACGAGAAGCUCUCGGAAUCUGAUAUUAUUCCACUCCAGCGGGGCGGUACUGGUUUUGCGACAACGAAUGAAAAGCUUGAAGCCAAAGAGCAAAAACCAUGUCUGCAAGUUUAAAAUAGUGCAAUUUUCAGAAAGAACCCUU